AUGCCGGUGGUGGAUGUGUAUGGUGUGGAGCAGUUUAGGGAACUCGUGAAUGACAAUGCGCUGACCGUUGCGUGGUUCAGCGCUGUGUGGUGCGGCCCCUGUAAGACGAUUGAGCAAAAGAUGGAAAAGCUUACAUACGACUUCCCAACAGUGAGGUUUGCAAAGGUGGACGCAGACACCAACUCUGAGAUCGUAUCGAAGUGCAAAGUGCUGCAACUCCCGACCUUUAUGCUUGCGCGGGGAGGGAAGAUGCUCGACUACGUCAUUGGAGCAAACCUGGACACCCUGAAGCAGAAAAUACGGGAGAAUAUUAACCCCAAGUGA